GGGGGCUGGGGUGAGAGGAAAGAUGGGUUGCUGAGUGUGCACACCUUUGAGAGCACACACACACACACCCUGCUCCGGGGCUCCCUUCUUAGGUUGCCCCCAUGGAGUUCCCCCUGACCCAGAUAUGCCCCCAAGGGAGUCGUGAAACCCCUGCCCCAACCUUCAGCACCUUCCAGCCCUUGAACUUGACCAGCAGGAGCUGCCAGGGCCUGGGCUCACUUCCGGGGCCCAGAUUCCAGGCCCCGAAGGCAGAGGAAGCCCAGCCCAGCCCCAGGGCCCCGGCUGUCCAUGCUGUGGCCCUGGGGGCUUUCUCAAACCCAGAGAAUGCUGGGAAGGCUGAGGAGGUGCCGAGGGAAGGAGGCCAGUCCCUGCAGGCCGAGAUCCUGGCUUGGUUCCAGAAGACCCAGGCCCACUGGCUCCUGCAGCACGGGGCGGCCCCUGCCUGGUUCCACGGCUUCAUCACCCGGAGGGAGGCAGAGAAGCUGCUGGAGACCAAGCCUGAGGGAUGCUACUUGGUGCGGUUCAGCGAGAGUGCUGUGACCUUUGUACUGACUUACAGGAGCCGGACUUGCUGCCGCCACUUCCUGCUGGCCCAGCUCGGGGAUGGGCGCCACGUGGUGCUGGGCGAGGACAGCGCCCACGCUCGGCUGCAGGACCUGCUGUGGCACUACAUGGCCUACCCGCUCAGCCCCUACGGGGAGACGCUCACCGAACCCCUCGCCCGCCAGACUCCUGAACCCGCAGGACUUUCCCUAAGGACUGAAGAAUCAGACUCUGGAAACAAAAGCCAGGACCCACACCCUCAGUAUAGCCCAAUCCUCAAAAAGGAGCAGACCGCAGCUUUCACGCAGAAAGACGGUCCCGGGGAGCCAAAUGAGCCCUUCCAGCCGCCCAGGCCUAAACCUCGUGUCCCCGCUAAACCUCAGCUGCCCCCCGAAGUCUACACAAGCCCGGCUCCGCGACCCCGCCCGGCCCCGCCCCCCAAGCCCUCCAACCCCAUCUACCAGGAGCCUGACGAGCCCAUAGCCUUCUAUGCCAUGGGCCGGGGCAGCCCCGGGGAAGCCCCCAGCAACAUCUAUGCCGAGGUGGACGUGAACGUGGACGUGGAGGCGCCGGCAGUGGGGGAGGGCCCGCCGUCUCUCCUCCAGCACCUGGUCCUACGGAAGUGCCGGUCCAAGCCUGUCCCAGGAAGCCAGAAUCCAGGUGGCUGGCAACUGCAUUCUGAGAACUCUAUGGCAGGACACAGCCCUCCCGCACCCCACCAGCCCCAGCCCCGCUGGGGAAACACCCUCCCCAACAACCUUUCUAGACAGGUGCUUCAGGACAGAGGACAGACGUGGCUCCCCCUGGGGCCUCCACAGUAGUUGGUGAGUCUGAGCUGGGGGAGGAUGCUUGGAACAUCCUGUCCAGAGACCUUCACACACACCCAGCACCCUCUCAGGACACAUGGAUGGAACAACCAGGAGGUGAUCAAAGCUAGAAAGGACCUCAGCCAUCAUCGAUUGCAAAGAUGGCAAAAAGAUGUCACCUUGCAUGCCAACUCCAAUCCAUUGGUCGUGGCUGCCUAAGGCGCUGCAUUGGAAAGGACGUUAAGGUCAUAUCCAAACUCAGCAGAAAAGAGCAUGAUUGAUUAGUGAUGUCUGCCACGGGUGAGGGGGGAGGAGGAACAGUAUCUCCUUUGUCCUUACUGAUCCAGUCCAACUCCCUAGCUGUGGAGAUAAGGAAACAAAGCCAGAGAGGGCUGGUGACCUGGCCAAGGUCAAGGCUUGGUGCUCUGUUUCCUUACCCCACAUCCACUAACUCUUCUCCAAGGAAAUAUCAGAGAUUUCCUCAGAUGGGAAACCUGGCUGCUUUUCAGAGCUCCAUCGCAUGGGGACCUGGGUGCUGGUUCCCGUCCUCUGGAUCCCAGCUUAGCCCUGUCCCCCUGACAGGUCUAGGCCCCCCACAAAGAAGCCUGGAGGUCGGACGAACAAAUGUGGAGUCUGCUUCCUUGGAGGGAUGCACCUGCUGGUUCCCUCCCAAGAGUCCCCAAGAAUCCAAUGGCUCAGUGCUUGGUGACCCUCUAAGGGAGCGGGCUGGGAGGGCCCUGCUACCUCCUGCUGCCCUGGUUUCUCCUCCUGGAGUCUAAUUGCCUUGGCCCUCUGAGUCUUUGAGUCUGGGCCCUGGUCCAAUGCUGCUGUUGUCUGAGGAAUGGUUUGGCGAGAACAGAUGUUAGAACUUGUUUGUUGAUUCUUGUCUGGCUAAUAAAUCAUCGCCAACCACCUCCCCCCACAGGGAUCCAAGCCCUCCAGGCUCCUUCUGUCUGUCUCUGACUCUCUUUCUCUCAUAUUGUGGAAGGCAAGUGGUUGAACUGCCAUUGCAGUGAGGAGAGAGGGGUCUGCGGGUUGAGAGACACCUCGGCAAGGGUCACAGAUCUGUGGGCUGGGGGCUGGGAGACACCAAGGCAAGGGACACAGACCUCUAUCUGCAAAGUGUCCCUUCCCUGGCUGGGCUGGGCCGGGCUGGGCAGGGAGCCAGGGGUGCCAGGAAAGAAAGAGGGGCAGGGAGGGGAAUGGCUGAGGGGUAGCCCCUGCCCCUCCUUCCCCAACCCCCCCUGCCAAGCACAGGACUGGGAAGGGAGUGGGCACUGUUAGCCUGUAUGUGAGCCCCUUGGAGGCUGGGGAGCCCCCCUGCAGUGCCCCCAAGACUCUCUUGUGUCUUCCUGGUCUUUGCGUCCAUCAGGACCCCGUCCCUCUCCUGAGGCUUCCUCCCUCCCCUCUGCCCAGACCCACUUCAGGGCCAGCCUCCUGCCCCCAUUCAAAGCUCCACUCUGGGCUUCAGCUGCCUGGAAGAAUCUGCCCUGGGUCUCAUUUUUGUCUCAGACUGGGGGCUCUCUGAGCCAGGGUUGUGUCUGCUCCUGGAUCACCCUCAGGGCUCAGAGCAGGGUUUGUCCCCUGAAGCCGCUCAGGCCUGGGUACCCCUAUGAUCCCAUCUGUGCGACCUGUUCUUACACUCUACAUUGCUACGAGUUCAGUCAAGGCAAUCAGAGCCCGUCAGUGUCCCUCUUCCUGCCAAGGGGGCCCUGUACCUGCCUGAGGCACAGAAAUCCCCCAAACCCUUCCCUGAAACGG